AUGCGUAUCUCGUUCUUGACAACAUUGGUGGGCGGGCUCUUCUCAGCACGAGGAGCUGCUCCAAAAACAGACGGCGUGUCAUGUACCGUCCUAGCGAGUGGCGGAGACGAUGGACCGGCAUUCGUAAAUGCUGUUCAACGUUGUAGCUCAGUGACAAUCCCUCGUGAAACUACUCUUUCGAUAGCAACCAGGAUGAAUAUGACCGGAUUGAAGGACAAGAAAAUUGAACUGUCGGGAACCGUGAAAUUCACAAACGAUAUGUCAUAUUGGAUCAACAACGGGUUUUACUUUGAGUUUCAGGACCAAAUCGCCUUUUGGAUCGUAGGUGGGAAGAACAUCGAUAUUAACGGUGGUGGAACAAUAGAUGGUUCAGGUCAAGUCUGGUAUGACGCAUUCGCCACCAACAGUACUCUCUUGCGCCCGAUCCUGCUCACGGUUUAUCAAGCCACUAAUGUUGCCAUUAAAAACAUUACGAUGAUCAACGGCCCUGAGUGGUUUAACUUUGUCAAUGAAGGGAAAAAUAUUGUCUACGAUGGCAUCAACAUUAGUGCCGUCUCGACAUCAAGCAAUCUUGCGAAGAAUACCGAUGGCUGGGAUAUAUAUCGCAGUGACAACGUUGUCAUCACUAAUUCGAACAUCAAUAACGGCGAUGAUUGUGUUUCAUUAAAACCAAGUACCAUCUGUUCUCGCUCGGGUGUUCCAUGUUUCGCUCAUGCAGAUUGUGUCUUAGAUUCAACAAACAUUAUUGUAUCAGACUUAUACUGCAAUGGUUCACAUGGUAUUUCCGUUGGCUCCCUCGGGCAGUAUGCCGGGGUAUAUGAUAUUGUAGAAAACUUCACCUCGACCAAUAUUCAAAUGUAUAAUGCCCAGAAUGGUGCGCGCAUUAAAGCCUUUGCUGGUCCAGGGGUCGGCAGUGGCAUUGUGAAGAACGUCACCUUCAGCUUCUUCACCGAGGGCAACGUCGACAACCCCUUGAUCGUCAAUCAGUGUUACAUGACCAAUGCAACAGAGUGUACUGCAUACCCUUCCAACGUAUAUAUUCAGGAUGUUACGUUUACCAAUUUCAAUGGUAGUUCAUCUGGAAAAACAAAAUCCGUAGUUGCUUCGCUGGCAUGCUCGCCGGAUAGCCGCUGCAGCAAUAUCAGCGUGAACGAUGUAUACCUUGAACCACCUUCAACAUAUGGCAGUGCGACCUACUCUUGCCAGAACGUGAAUAUCACCGGAAGCGAUGCUCACCUGUUUGGUGACUGUGCAACUACUUAA